UUUCGCUAGAUUGCCAUAACAACAGAAACAAAGAUGGCGCCGAAGUUCUGAAAAGAAGUUCUCUUACUUGAUAUGAAAAACUAAGAAAACCGCGAAUAUAUCGUCAAACAAAGCACCGCACAGGAUUACCGACCAAAGUUCAUGAUAUAGACAUUCCAUAGAACAGCCGACAAGAUGGCGCACAUGAAUGGUACAAAUGGACACACAAACGGCGCCCGGCCCCGUAACUCGAGGAACGGAGUGAACGGCGUCCCCAGACUCCCGCCCAUCCCCACAAACUCCACCGCCCUGACAGCCAAUGGGAGGGACUUCAGCAAGAGCAAGCUGAUGACAUACAGACGGAGCGAACAGAUGCAGUCCCUGCUACAGGGCAUCUUGCAAGAACAGGCAGUCAAGGCCCAACAGGACACUGUUGACAACUUGAGAAGAUAUCCGCCCUCUCCACCCCCUCCUGAGAUACCAGACUCGAUGUCGAGUGCAGAGAGAAAAGUCCGACAAAACUACAUCUACCUGAGAAAGUGUGUAGAGAAUGGCCCGGUGGUGCCGCUGCAGCAGGAGUGGUUGGACUCCAUCCUGUCUAUGGUGCCACAAAGAUUACAGAGUACUCCCUUCAGUAGGGAGAAGAUCCAGACACUUUUCUCAGAAGUAGACAAAGACUACCAGGCCAGCAUGAAGAAAUCUAUGGUCCAACAAGUUCUGGUGAAACCAGGAGUCAAAGGUCUGGACCAGGAGGUGUCCGGGCCGCCGCCACAGGAGCCCACGGGGCUAGACUACUCUUCUCCAUGGAGAGACACGUACAACGCUGCCAAGGCCAACAUAGACAAGAACCUCCACAUCCUGCACCCCUCCAUGCAGACUGUACUCAAGCUGUGUCAGGACAUGCUCGGGCACAUGAUCCUCAUAGACCUGUCAGAGUCCAGAGGGCCGUAUGAGUGUGAACACCUGAAGAACAACGUGAUCCUUGAGCUAGAGAAGGCUGAGGAGAAGCUGAUGCACAUCUGGUACCCCAAGGUGGUGGGGAUCUACGCUAACGACGACAUCCUGGCGGGGAUCCGGGCCGACAGACAGGACUCCUUCUUCAACUGUGUGACCACGCUCUUGUCCAAUCAGAUCCGUAACCUCCUGGAGAGAACAGUGUCUGCCUGGGUGGAGCUGUUUGAGCCAGAGAACAAGAUGAAGCUGCCCAUCUUCAAAGUAGAGCUGACGUUUGAUGACGACAUCAACAAGAUGGAGUUCUACCCUGCCUACCAGGACCUGGAGGACACUGUGGUGUUUGUCAUGGAGCAGAUCUGUCGUAGCUUGCAGUCUGUGUCCACAGUCCAGUCCUGGCUGGCUGGAGGCAGCACCACAGUAAACGUGGAGGCCCACGUGGCAGACCACAUCAUCAAGUGGGCCACCGCCAAGCUGAGGGAAGCCUGCAAGCAGAACUUUGAAGGGGCAGAGCUUCAUCUGCAGGAGUACAUUGAGAAAUAUGACUACCUGGUGAAUGGGGAGGCCGAGGAACAGAUUAAGAAGUUCCUGGAGGAGGAACACACCUUCGUGGAGUACUGCAAGUACAUCGAGAAGUUCCGUCAGAUCGUGAAGGAGAUAGCUGGCCUGCCCAGCAUCAUUCACUUUGACAUGGUCCGAUUGGACUGUGAGGACCUCAAGAGAGGGCUGGCAGAGAGGGUCCGACACCACGCGGACGUCCUGUUGGAGAGGGUGUCAGACGACCAUCGGAAGGAGAACGAGUCCAUCUGUAAGGAGUUUGAGACGAUCAAGGAGCGAGCUCUGAAGGACCCUGAGAACAGUGAGGAGAUGAUGGACCAGAUCUCCUACAUCGAGCAGGCCAGGUCUGUGGGGCUGCUGCAGCUCAACAACAGGAUCACGGAGUGUCGUAACCGCCUGUCGUACCUGCUGGAUGCCUACAUCUUCCAGCAGGAGGACCUGGACCUCAACACAACCGUGCUGCUCUGGCCCAGGGAGAUCCAGCCGAUCUUUGAACAGAACGAUGAGUUGAUUGAGAAGGCGAAGCAGCAGGGAGAGAGCCAGCUGCACCAGAAGCGUGAGCGGGUGAUGCUGGAGCUGGACAAGCUGAAGAGGAAGGUGGAGGAGUUUGCCGACCUGGCAGAGCUGGACAUGAUGACUCAGUACCUCACCGACAUCAGGACUGUCCAGAAACGUCUCACAGAGGCUCAGGAACAGAUCACCUUCAUCAACAAGGAAGAAGUGCUGUACAAAUGGGAGGUGACAGAUUACCCAGAAGUCAACCUGAUCUCCACGGGGAUCGACCCGUACCAGAAGCUGUUCACGACGGUGGUGAAAUGGCAGCGGGCGGAGAAGCGCUGGAUGGACGGGGCCUUCGGGGACCUGGAGGCUGAAACUGUGGAGGCAGAGGUGGAUGAGUACCAGAGAGAAAUCUACAAGAUGCAGAAAGUCUUCAACUUAAAGGCCAAGAAGGAUGCCAUCAAAAAGUCAGAUGCUGAGUCUAAGACGAAGAAGAAGGCACCAGGGAAGAAGGAAGACGAGAUCACCAGCCCCUCCAUCGAGGUCUGCAAGACGAUACAGGUGGGCAUUCGCGACUUCAAGGAGCACAUCCCAGUCAUUGCCACGCUGUGUAACCAGGGCCUGAGGGACCGCCACUGGAAGAAAAUGUCGGAGAUCGCAGGGUUCGACCUGACGCCGGAUUCCGGCACGACCCUGCGUAAGAUGCUGAAGAAGAACCUGGGACCGUUCAUGGAGCAGUUCGACCAGAUCAGCGGGGCUGCCAGCAAGGAGUUCUCCCUGGAGAAGGCGCUGGCUCGGAUGGUGGAGGAUUGGGACGAGGUCGCCUUCAACUGCAUUGCUUACCGUGACACGGGCGUGUCCAUCCUGUCCUCGGUGGAUGAGGUUCAGACCAUGCUGGACGACCAGAUCGUCAAGACUCAGACCAUGAGGGGCUCUCCCUUCAUCAAGCCGUUUGAGAAAGAAAUCAAGGAAUGGGAGGAGCGGUUGUUGCGUAUCCAGGACACACUAGAUGAGUGGCUGAAGGUGCAGGCCCAGUGGCUGUACCUGGAGCCCAUCUUCAGCUCCGAGGACAUUAUGCAGCAGAUGCCUGAGGAGGGCCGGCUCUUCCAGACUGUCGACAAGAACUGGAAGGAAGUCAUGAGGUUCACUGUCAGAGACACUAAGGUCCUCCAAGCUACAGCCAUGCCCAACAUGCUGGAGAAGCUGCAGGAUUCCAACAACCUGCUGGACAAAAUCAUGAAGGGACUGAACGCCUACCUGGAGAAGAAGAGACUGUUCUUCCCCAGGUUCUUUUUCCUGUCCAACGACGAAAUUCUUGAGAUCCUGUCGGAGACGAAAGACCCGACCCGAGUCCAGCCUCAUCUCAAGAAGUGCUUUGAGGGCAUCGCCAAACUGGACUUCAUGGAGAAUCUGGACAUCAGGGCCAUGAUGAGCAGUGAAGGAGAAAAGGUUGACUUCAGCUCUAACAUCUCGACCUCGGAGGCGCGUGGUGCUGUGGAGAAGUGGCUGGUUCAGGUGGAGGCUGUCAUGCUGGGCAGUAUGAGGGAUGUCAUCGAGCAGUCUAAUGAGGCCUAUGCGCUGAAUGACCGUACAGACUGGGUGCGUGAGUGGCCAGGCCAGGUGGUUCUGUGUGUGGACCAGAUGUACUGGACCAUCGAGGUGCAUGAGGCUAUCCGCAGUGGUCCCCAGGGGCUCAGGGAGUACUACGACAAGCUGCAGGACCAACUGGGAGGUAUUGUGGAGCUGGUGAGAGGGAAGCUGUCCAAACAGAACAGGGUGACUCUGGGAGCUCUGGUGACGCUGGAUGUGCACGGCAGGGACAUUGUACUGGAGAUGGCAGACAGCGGUGUUGCUCGAGAGAAUGACUUCCUGUGGUUGGCCCAGCUGAGGUACUACUGGGAGGAAGGCAACUGUCAAGUCAAACUCAUCAACGCCAAUGUCAGAUACGCGUACGAGUACCUGGGCAACACACCAAGGUUGGUGAUCACCCCCCUGACUGACCGUUGCUACCGUACGCUGGUCAGUGCCUUCCACCUGAACCUGAACGGAGCCCCAGAGGGGCCGGCAGGAACAGGCAAGACUGAGACGGUGAAGGAUCUGGCCAAGGCUCUGGCUGUACAGUGUGUGGUGUUCAACUGUUCUGAUGGUCUGGACUACAUUGCUAUGGGCAAGUUCUUCAAGGGCCUGGCCUCAGCAGGUGCCUGGGCGUGCUUUGAUGAGUUCAACAGGAUUGACCUGGAGGUGUUGUCUGUGGUGGCACAGCAGAUUCUCUGCAUCAUCCGAGCCAUUCAGAGCCAUGUGUCGGUCUUCUCAUUUGAGGGGACAGAGUUGACCCUGAAUCCCAACUGUUACGUGGCCAUCACUAUGAACCCUGGCUAUGCUGGGAGAUCAGAACUGCCUGACAACCUGAAGGUGUUGUUCCGUACAGUUGCCAUGAUGGUGCCAGACUACGCCAUGAUUGGCGAGAUCUCGCUCUACUCCUGCGGCUUCAUCGACGCCCGUAACCUGUCCGUGAAGAUCGUGACGACCUACCGUCUGUGUUCCGAGCAGCUGUCGUCCCAGUUCCACUACGACUACGGCAUGCGCGCCGUGAAGGCCGUGCUGUCUGCUGCUGCUAACCUCAAACUCAAGUUUCCUGACGAAAAUGAGGACAUUUUGCUCUUGCGGUCCAUCAAAGACGUGAACCUGCCCAAGUUCCUGUCCUUCGACAUCCCCUUGUUCGAGGGCAUCGUGUCGGAUCUGUUCCCGGGAACUAAGCUCCCCACGCCAGACUACGAUGUGUUCCUGGAAAACGCCCGCACCAUCUGUGCCAAGAAGGUGCUGCAGCCCGUGGACAUCUUCUUUGAGAAGAUGAUCCAGACAUACGAGAUGAUGAUUGUCAGACACGGGUUCAUGUUGGUGGGAGAUCCCUUCUCUGCCAAGACCAAAGUUCUGGAGGUCCUCGCUGAGACCCUGACUCUGCUGAAUGAACAAGGCCUGAAUGAAGAAGACAAGGUGAUGUUCCGUAUUAUCAACCCCAAGUCCAUCACCAUGGGUCAGCUGUUCGGCCAGUUUGACCCGGUCUCCCAUGAGUGGACAGAUGGAGUUGUGGCCAACACCUUCCGAGAGUUUGCCUCCACAGACACGACUGACAGGAAGUGGGUGUGGUUUGACGGCCCGAUCGACGCCCUGUGGAUUGAGAACAUGAACACUGUGCUGGACGACAACAAGAAACUCUGUCUGAUGAGCGGAGAGAUCAUCCAGAUGUCCCCUCCCAUGAGCCUCAUCUUUGAGGUGCAGGACCUGUCCCAGGCCUCGCCUGCCACAGUGAGCCGGUGUGGUAUGGUGUACCUGGAGCCCUCCCAGCUGGGCUGGAGACCCAUCAUGACGUCCUGGGCCCUGGAGCUGCCCCCGGCUGUGAAGGAGGAGGAUGUCACCAUGAAGGCCAUGUUUGAGUGGAUGCUGCCUCCUGCACUCAGGUUCAUGAGGAAAUACUGCAAGGAACUGGUACCAACCCAAGACAACAACCUGGCCCGCUCCUUGAUGUACCUGAUUGAGAUGAUGCUGAAGGAUGGGCUGGGAGAUGACUUGGAGUCCAAGAAUCCCAACUGCAAGACAUGGGUCCAGUCCAUCUUCAUCUGGUCGCUGAUCUGGUCCGUUGGUGCGACGUCUGACGGGGACGGUCGGGACAGGUUUGACAAGUGGCUGCGGGAGUUCCUCCAGGGCAAGGAUGAGAAGUUCCCCAUGCCCUCAACAAUCGGCAAAAUUGACGUCCCCAUUCCAGACCAGGGCACGGUCUAUGACUACCUGUUUGAGACCAAGGGUCGAGGGAAGUGGAUCCCGUGGACCAACAUGAUCAGCAGCACUCUGACAGCAGACAAGAACACGAAGAUGUCAGAGAUUCUGGUUCCCACGAUGGACACAGCACGGUACACCUACAUCAUGGACGUCUGCAUCAGGCAUGGCAGGACCCUGAUGUAUGUUGGCCCCACUGGAGUGGGGAAGAGUGUGUACAUAAAGGACAAGCUGAUGAACAACCUGUCCAAGGAUGACUACCUGCCCAUGUUUGUCAACUUUUCAGCUAGGACCUCAGCCAAUCAGUCACAGAACAUGAUCAUGUCACGUCUGGACAAGCGGAGGAAGGGCGUGUUUGGACCCCCCAUGGGGAAGAAGUGUAUCAUCUUCGUGGAUGACCUGAACAUGCCGGCGAGGGAGCAGUAUGGAGCACAGCCUCCCAUCGAACUCCUCAGGCAGUUGCUGGACCACGGAUACUGGUAUGACCUGAAGGAGACGACAAAGAUCACCCUGAUUGACGUGCAGCUGCUCACAGCCAUGGGCCCGCCCGGCGGGGGCCGCAAUCCCAUCACCCCCCGCUUCCUACGCCACUGCAACGUCAUCUCCAUCAACCCCUUCAACGACGACACCAUGAUCAAAAUCUUCUCCUCUAUCAUGUCCCUCUACCUGAAGAACAACGAAUUCUCCACAGAGUUCUUUGCCACUGGUACACAGAUAGUCAGUGCUACAUUGCAGGUGUACAAGGAGGCCAUGUCCACCCUCCUGCCCACCCCCACCAAGUCCCACUACACCUUCAACCUUCGGGACUUCGCCCGUGUCAUCCUGGGGGUUCUGCUCAUCAAGAAGGAGACGCUGGACAGCAAGCGCACCAUGAUCCGACUCUUCGUGCACGAGGUGUUCCGGGUCUACUACGACCGUUUGGUCGACGACGAGGACAGGGCAUGGCUGUUCAAGCUGAUGAAGGGUAUUGUGAAGGACCAGUUCAAGGAGAACUUCGACACAGUGUUUGAAGCACUAGCUGAACCCAACAAGCCUCUGAUUGAAGACAACAUGCGGUCCCUGAUGUUUGGUGACUACAUGAAGCCUGACCUUGAAGGAGACGACCGUUUGUACGAGGAGGUGGACUCCAUGGAGGAGUUCAAUGCUGUGGUGGAGCAGUGCUUGGAAGAAUACAACCAGACCCACAAGGCCGUCAUGAACCUGGUUAUAUUCAGGUAUGUUCUGGAACACCUGUCGCGUAUUGCACGUGUUCUGAAGCAGCCGGGUGGAAACGCCAUGUUGGUUGGCGUUGGCGGUAGCGGUCGUCAGUCCCUGACCAGACUGGCCACCAGUAUGUCUGGCAUGGGCCUGUUCCAGCCGGAGAUCAGCAAGAGUUACGGGCACAAUGAGUGGAGGGAGGACCUGAAGUCAUUGUUGAGGAGUGCCGGUGCCCAGGGCAAGAAGACAGUCUUCCUCCUGACAGACACACAGAUUAAGGAAGAGUCCUUCCUGGAAGACGUGGACAGCCUUCUCAACACAGGCGAGGUCCCCAACAUCUUUGCUGUGGAUGAGAAACAAGAGAUCAUGGAGUCUGUGCGCCCAGUCAUGGCCCAGCAGGCUACCGACAAGGACGCAGACUUCAGCCCGCUGGCGCUCUUCAGCUUCUUUGUGAGCCGCUGCCGAGAGAACCUGCAUGUGGUGAUCGCCUUCAGCCCCAUCGGCUCGGCCUUCAGGAACCGUCUGCGCAUGUUCCCCUCACUCAUCAACUGCUGCACCAUCGACUGGUUCCAGCCCUGGCCUGAAGAUGCCCUCCAGCGUGUGGCUGUGAAGUUUCUGGAGGCUGUGGAGCUGACAGACCUGGAGAGGGAGGAGACAGUCAACCUCUGCAAGUACUUCCACACAUCUGCCAGGGAGCUGUCAGAAAAGUUCCUGCAUGACCUUGGGCGACACAUGUACGUGACCCCCACCUCCUACCUGGAGCUGAUCAACGCCUUCAAGACCCUGCUGGGGAGGAAGAGGAACACUGUCUUAAAGGCCAAGACAAGAUACGAGGUCGGCCUGGAGAAACUGGCCUUUGCAGCAUCACAGGUUGCAGAGAUGCAGAAGGAACUGGAAGACCUGCAGCCACAGCUCAUUACAGCCUCAGCUGAGAACGAGAAAAUGAUGGUGGUGAUUGAAUCAGAGACAACAGAGGUGGAGGCGAAGAGUAAAGUGGUGAAAGCUGACGAGGCUGCGGCCAAUGAGAAGGCAGCGGAGGCUCAGGCGCUGAAGGAUGAGUGUGAGUCAGACCUGGCCGAGGCCAUCCCCGCACUGGAGGCUGCACUGGCUGCGCUGGACACACUCAAGCCUGCAGACAUCACCAUCGUGAAGUCCAUGAAGAACCCUCCUGCUGGUGUGAAGCUGGUGAUGGCGGCCGUGUGCGUCAUGAUGGACAUCAAAGCAGAGAAGAUCAACGACCCGGCCGGCACCGGACAGAAGAUCCUGGACUUCUGGGGACCCAGCAAGAAACUACUGGGAGACAUGAACUUCCUACAAAAGCUGAAGGAAUAUGACAAGGAUAACAUUGCGGUGCAUAUCAUGAAGAAGAUCCGUUCAGACUACAUGACCGAUCCAGAGUUUGUCCCUGCCAAAGUCGCCAAGGCCUCCUCCGCUGCCGAGGGUCUGUGUAAGUGGGUGUCGGCCCUGGACAUCUACGACAGGACCGCUAAGGUCGUCGCCCCCAAGAAGGAGAAACUGGCCAUCGCCAACAAGGACCUGUCAGAGACCAUGGCUAUCUUAAACGCCAAGAGAAAGGAACUCAAGGAAGUUGAGGACCGGCUGGCCAACCUGCAGAAGACGUUUGCAGACAUGGUGAAGAAGAAGGAACAGCUGGAGUUCCAGGUGGACCUGUGCGCCAAGAAACUGGAGAGAGCUCAGAAACUCAUCAGUGGGCUGGGCGGUGAGAAGGACAGAUGGACAGCUGCAGCCGCCACCCUGCAGGAGGAGUAUGAUAACCUGACAGGUGACGUGCUGAUCUCCUCAGGUGUCAUCGCCUACCUGGGUGCCUUCACGGCUGCCUACAGGAUCACGUGUACCCAGGACUGGUCCAGGAUGUGCCAGGCAAAGAAGAUCCCGUGUUCCAAGGAGUACUCCCUGAUGAAGAGCCUGGGAGACCCCAUCAAGAUCCGUGCCUGGAACAUCGCAGGUCUGCCCACUGACAGCUUCUCUGUCGACAACGGUGUCAUCGUGGACAACUCCAGGAGAUGGCCUUUGAUGAUUGACCCUCAAGGCCAGGCCAACAAGUGGGUGAAGAACUCGGAGAAGGACCACAAACUGUCUGUGAUCAAGCUGACUGACAGUGACUACAUGCGUACGCUGGAGAACGCCAUCAACUUCGGCAACCCCGUGCUGUUAGAGAACGUGGCAGAAGAACUGGACCCCUCCCUGGAGCCACUUCUACUCAAGCAGACAUUCAAACAAGGUGGUGUGGACUGUAUCCGUCUGGGUGAGAACAUCAUCGAGUACUCCGCUGACUUCCGCUUCUACAUCACCACCAAGCUGCGUAACCCCCACUACCUGCCGGAACUGCAGGUCAAGGUGGCGCUGCUCAACUUCAUGAUCACCCCCGAGGGUCUGGAGGACCAGCUGCUGGGCAUCGUGGUGGCCAAGGAGAGACCUGAUCUAGAGGAGGAGAAAAAUGCUCUGAUCCUCCAGUCUGCUGCAAAUAAGAAGGCCCUGAAGGAGAUUGAGGACAAGAUCCUGGAGACGCUGUCCUCCUCCGAGGGGAACAUCUUGGAGGACGAGUCGGCCAUCCAGGUCCUGGACUCCUCCAAGGUUCUGUCCAACGAGAUCUCCAAGAAACAACAGAUUGCUGAGGAGACGGAGAAGAAGAUUGAUGAGAACCGUGCGGGGUACCGCCCCAUCGCCACCCACUCCUCCAUCCUGUUCUUCUCUAUCGCAGACCUGCCCAACAUCGACCCUAUGUACCAGUACAGCCUCACCUGGUUCAUCAACCUCUUCAUCAACUCCAUCGCUGACAGUAACAAGUCUAAGAUCCUGGAGAAGCGUCUGCGGUACCUGUCGGAUCACUUCACCUACUCCCUGUACUGUAACGUCUGCCGAUCCCUGUUUGAGAAGGACAAGCUGCUCUUCUCCUUCGUGCUGUGCUGCAACAUCCUCAUGGCUAAGCAGCAGCUGACCCGGGAGGCCUUCAUGUUCUUCCUGACGGGCGGAGUGGGGCUGGAGAACAAGCGCAAGAACCCCGACCCCAGCUGGGUGUCGGACAAGACCUGGGACGAGGUCUGCAGGGCCAACGACCUCAAACCCUUCAACGGCUUCAGAGAACACUUCCAGGACAACGUUGACACCUGGCGGAAGAUGUACGACUCAAAGGAGCCUCACAAGUUCACCCUGCCAUCGCCUUGGCAGGACAAGCUCCCAGCCUUUGAAAAGAUGAUCGUCUUGAGGUGUAUCCGGCCUGACAAGGUGACACCCAUAGUGACCACCUUUGUGACAGACAAUCUGGGUAAGAAGUUUGUGGAGCCACCACCGUUUGACCUGAGUAAGAGUUACGUGGACUCCAACAGCUGUGCACCCCUGAUCUUUGUCCUGUCCCCCGGAGCUGACCCCAUGGCCAGUCUGCUCAAGUUUGCCGAGGACAAGGGCUUCAGUGGGGAGAAGUUCAACGCCAUUUCACUUGGACAGGGACAGGGCCCCAUAGCUGCCAAGCUGAUCAGCAAUGCGACGAAGGACGGCACGUGGGUGUGCCUGCAGAACUGCCACCUGGCCACGUCCUGGAUGCCUGCCAUGGAGAAGAUCUGUGAGGACUUCAACCCUGAACUGGUCAACCCUGACUUCAGGCUCUGGCUUACCUCAUACCCAUCUGAUAAGUUCCCGGUGGUUGUGCUUCAAAACGGAGUGAAGAUGACGAAUGAGCCGCCCACAGGCCUGCGCAUGAACCUCCUCCAGUCCUACCUGAACGACCCCAUCUCUGACCCAGAGUUCUUCGAAGGCUGCCCCGGGAAGGAGCUGCAGUGGGAGAAGCUGCUGUUUGGUCUCUGCUUCUUCCACGCGCUGAUUCAGGAGAGGAGGAAGUUUGGGCCGCUGGGAUGGAACAUUCCGUACGGGUUCAACGAGUCUGAUCUCCGCAUCAGUGUCAGGCAGCUGCAGAUGUUCCUGAAUGAGUAUGAGGAGAUCCCCUUCCCUGCUAUCUCAUACCUGGCCGGCGAGUGUAACUACGGAGGCCGUGUGACAGACGACAAGGAUCGUCGCACCCUCCUAACCAUCCUCGCUGACUUCUACCGCUCAGAGAUUGUGUACGACAGCAAGUACAAGUUCUCCCCCAGUGGGAACUACUUCGCACCACCCAAGGGCGACUACGAAAGCUAUGUCAACUUUAUCAAGAACCUGCCCUUCUCCCAACACCCGGAGAUCUUCGGCAUGCACGAGAAUGUCGACAUCUCCAAGGAGCUGCUGGAGACACGACAGCUGUUUGACUCCAUCCUCCUCACACAGGAGUCGCAGGACAGUGGACCUGGUUCUGGUUCCUCGGGAGGUGGUGUUGCCGGUGGCGGUGAGACGGCGCUGUUUGAGAUUGCUAAGGACAUCCUGAGCAAACUGCCCAAGGACUUUGACCUGGAGGUCGCCCAGGAGAAGUACCCUGUGAAGUAUGAGGAGAGCAUGAACACUGUACUGGUGCAGGAGAUGGAGAGAUUCAACAAACUGUUGGACAUCAUCCGGUCCUCCCUGCAGAACCUACAGAAGGCUAUAAAGGGCCUGGUGGUGAUGUCAGCUGAGCUGGAGGGGGUGGCGCACAGCCUGACCGUCGGCAAGGUCCCGGCCAUGUGGGCCAAACGCUCCUACCCCAGCCUCAAACCCCUGGGCAGCUACAUCAACGACUUCCUCAACAGGAUUGUGUUCCUACAGACAUGGAUGGACAAGGGAAAGCCGAUGGUAUUCUGGAUCUCCGGGUUCUUCUUCACGCAGGCUUUCCUGACAGGUGCCAUGCAGAACUACGCCAGGAAGUACACCAUCGCCAUCGACAAGCUGGUCUUCGACUUUGAGGUUAUUCCACGUGAGACGAGUGACACAGCACCAGAGGACGGCGUCUAUGUCAUUGGUCUGUUCCUGGACGGCUGUCGCUGGGACAAGAAGAAAGGAGUGCUGGCUGAGCAGGUCCCUAAGAUCCUGAACGAACCAAUCCCGAUCAUCUGGGUGAAACCAGCACUGAAGGCCGAGCUUCCCGACCGCGGCGACUACCAGUGUCCAGUCUACAAGACCUCCGAGCGGCGCGGCGUGCUUCUCACCACCGGACACUCCACCAACUUCGUGCUGAUGAUCGCCCUCCCCACCGACAGGCCGGUGCAGCACUGGAUCAAGCGCGGCGCUGCCAUGUUGUGCCAGCUGGAUGACUAGAGAUUGCUGUCACUAGAAUAAUUUUGCUUGUGGAGUUCACUUUCUUCUGAACCAGAUAUGUAUGCAGUGAAAUUGAACUGUACGUUAUGUGUUCUCUUGUAAAGUAUGAUGUCCAUUAUAUUAAGUCACAAAACUCUCCAUAAGAUUAUGGAAUUACCAUUGGGUCAUUUGCAUGUAUGCAAAAAGUUCACUUCAUGAUUGCUUUAUGUUCAAUUGUAAAUGCAGGUUUCAUCUUUCCUAAAUGUCCAAGCCUAAUGCUGCUGUGCCUAAAUGUCAAUGAAGUCUGCCUUACCAUCGUAGAUAUCUAUAUUUCUUGUACAUACAUACAAAAUAGGCACAAAGUUUCCCUUGUAUUGAAUUGCUAGCUGUUGUGUUGAAUGUGUGAUCUGACUUUCUAUGAGGGAAAUGAUAUAUGAUAAAAUGAUAGGUGAAUUCUCUAAGUGCUUGGUUUUAUGUGAAACAAAGACAAGAUGAAUUCUAUGUUAAACCUUCAGUGCAGUGGUGACAUCACAUGCAGUGACUUCUUUAAGCAUCUGUAUUGUACUGUGUAGUCACUAAGGUUUGCAUUGAGGGAACAGAAAUAUGUCACCAAUAUCUCAUUAUAAUGGAAUGUAUAUUUGUGUGAGCACUUGAACCACCUCAGUUGACAGUAAAAUGAAACACAAUCUAUUUUUGUAGUCACUAGUAUGUCAGUAGUCUUGUGUGGUUAUAUUUUCUAUAUUUGGACAAGUAACUGUAUAAAUUCUGGUUUGUUUCUGGAGAAUUCUGAUAUAAUGUUGAUGUAUAUAUUGUAUGUAUUUUCCAAGACUGAGAUUUUAAACUUCUCUAUUGGUGAAUAAAGAACACUGUGUUGUACACUACAUGUCAUUGGUCUUACAUCUAAUUAUGAAAACUAAGGCUUGUUUUAGCAAGUCCAUUUCAGAAAUACAUAGGAAAGUGAAGCAUCUAAGCCUCUCAUCUUUGUUGAACCUAAGUACUUGCAGUUGCACAGUU